AUGUUUACAGAUUUUUUGGGACAAAUUUCUAAUGAUCCAACACCCGAUACAUCAGAAACAGUACAAAUUUCUUCCUUGGCACUUUUAAAAAUGCUAAAACACGGCAGAUCUGGCGUGCCAAUGGAAGUCAUGGGUUUAAUGCUCGGUGAAUUUGUUGACCCGUAUACUGUUAAAGUCGUUGAUGUCUUUGCUAUGCCACAAAGUGGAACCGGUGUUACGGUUGAAGCAGUUGAUCCCGUGUUUCAAACAAAAAUGAUGGAUAUUCUUAAAGCUACAGGUAGACACGAAACAGUAGUAGGAUGGUACCAUAGUCAUCCUGGCUUUGGGUGCUGGCUUAGUAGCGUUGAUAUAAGUACUCAGCAAAGCUUUGAAAAGCUUUGUAAAAGAUCUGUCGCUGUUGUUAUUGAUCCAAUUCAAAGUGUAAAAGGUAAAGUUGUUAUUGAUGCAUUUAGAUCUAUAGAAAACUCAUUGGGGAUAAUGGGACAAGAGCCGCGGCAAAUUACUAGCAAUAUCGGUUAUUUAAAAAGUCCAUCACUUAUUUCUAUCAUACAUGGAUUAAAUAAGCACUACUACUCAUUUAAUAUAACUUACAAAAAAUAUGAUAUUGAACAAAAGAUGUUAUUAAAUUUACACAAAAAAACCUGGGCGAAUAAUCUUAAGUUUCAAGAUUUUAUUGCCGAUAAAGAAAGUUUGUGUAAAUUCAUUGACAAUUAUUUGAAAACAGUUGAAGAGGAAAAAGAUUUAAUAGGAAAAGAAUUAGAAAUGUCUAGAGUGGGAAAAAUUGACAGUAAAAAGCAUUUAACCGAUUUGUGUGAUAAAAAUAUUCAUAAACUUACAGUGUACAACUUGUUAUAUUCUCUUCAUGCGUUUAUUUUUAAUAAAUCGAAUUAA